GCCCAGCUCGUGCUCGCUCUCUGUCCACUGACAGCCUGGACAAAGGAAAGCUGCGCAUGCGUAGAGCUGAUUGCGCCCAUAGCGACCGGCGGCAUCAUGGACGACUUUCAGAGCGGAGAGGAGACUGCCUUCGUUGUGGAUGAAGUGAGCGCCAUCAUUAAGGAGUCAGUAGAGGGAGCGAUAGGAGGCAAUGCCUACCAGCACAGUAGAGUGAACCAAUGGACCACUAACGUGGUGGAGCAGUGUCUGAGUCAGCUCACCAAACUGGGAAAGCCCUUCAAAUACAUCGUCACCUGUAUUAUAAUGCAGAAGAAUGGGGCAGGUCUGCAGACAGCCAGUUCCUGUUUCUGGGACAACACCACUGAUGGAAGCUGCACAGUGAGGUGGGAGAAUAAGUCCAUGUAUUGCAUUGUCAGCGUCUUCGGCCUGGCAAUAUAAGCCUGGGCAUUACGUCACCACCUAUCGAACCAACUGCUGUCUGUCUGCUUUGCAUAAUGAUCCAAAAGUGUUAGAUUCACGUCAACUUGCUAAAACUGUCAUUUCUUUAUUACAACUUGAAUAAAUUAUUACACCUUUCCCACAA